ACAUUAAAGUGCAGUAAUUGUCUCUACCUUACACAAAUGGUGCUGAGGUUUUAUUUUCGAAAGUUGUGGACUUAUGAGGCAGUUGUGAAGACAGUCUCAUAGGUAGCUAGUACCUCCAAAUACCUCUCUCUCUCCUCAAAGACAAUCCGAGGCAAUCGUAACCUUGCCAGAGUUGAAAGAUUCAAAAAGUAUUAAUAGACAGUUAACCAUUAUGAGUUAAGUGGUCAUAUUAUUGAGUCUCUGAGAAGUGAGUGAAAAGAUUGUGUAUUCAAGUUGUGUCGUACUCUCCUACAAGAUGGUACUUCCCUUUGAAACCUUGGGCAAGGGGUGGGUAGGAAAAAGAAACAUGGGAAGUGGUUCAUCUGGCCUGCGGAAAUUCUGGCUACUCUUGUGGAAGAACUGGACAUUACAACGGCGGAGAAAAAUUCAGACUGUAGUUGAAGUUGCACUGCCAGUGGUAUUUUGUGUCCUCCUGGUUAUUAUUAGAGACCUGGCCCCCUACGGUGACUUCCCAGAGCCUACUUAUUACAAACCAUUUAACAUCUCUGGGUUGCCAGAAAAUUUAACGCCAAAUGAUGGUGGUGGGUUUUUUGAUGGCUUAGCAGAGCAAAUAUUUGGUGAUUCAUUAGAGCGUCGUAGAAGGUCAUUACCUGUCUUGAACCAAAGUGAUCUGCCUUACCAGUCGGUACUUCAUAAACCCUCUUUAUCAAGUCAUCCUCAGUACAGAACAUAUUUAGAAAAAUUAAAAAAAUCUAAAUACAGAAGAAAAAGGUUCUUAGAUUUUUUUGAUUUUUGGGGCUCAGAUACUUUUUGGCCACUAGCAUUUUCCCCAAACACAACAGCUGUACAAAAAUUGAUGUCCAUAGUAGCCAGUAGACUGAAUGUUGAUGAAAGAGGAUAUGGAUUCACAAGUGAGGAAGAACUGGUGAAGCGCCUCACAAGAUUCUAUAAGAAUGAAGAUGAGGAUGUUGUUGAGGACAUCCUGGGAGGUGUUGUCUUCACCAACCCCUUACCUGCUGAUGAUCAGCUUCCAGAAAAUAUAGAAGUGAGUUAUUGCAGUACCAUUAUCAUCUAUUUUUUUGGCAGUGAAAUCCUUACUUGACAUUUCUUACAUGAU